AUGCCAUUUCAACAAAAAGUCGUGAUUGCGCGCCCGCUAGACGAUAUCGCUCGCGAAGUGCGCAUCAUUCGAGCACUGUACCCACAAGAAUGUCUAAGUCCAUCUUUGGAUCCUAUGGACCCAGAUCCAAUCGCUGCAUCAUUAGAAGCUCUGCCCACAUACCAUAACACAGGCGUUCAAACCCUCCCACCGGCGAAUGGCAACAUUUUCAGACUGAUCCACGGCUGCGAACCCUCACAGAGCGACUACGUGCAUAGCAUGGGCAGUGCUGGGAUUGGACGCCUCGCAGCCGAUCCUCGCUCGAACCUCUUUGAUUUGAUCUACGGUUCGACAUACCUCGCUCCUACGACAGCCACAAGAGGGACGUACACGGAGUCAGGCUUCCAAACAGCGAACCAUGAUACGAGAAGGAAAGCGUUGGCCCGCGCAAAGGUCAAAGCAUCAAUGACAGCCAACAAAUAUCGGAACGCUGCCUCUAAGGCGGGCUACGUCAUAUAUGCGGAGUCUCGAGAUGAGAUGGUUGUACAUUCCGAGCAGUUCCACAACGUUAUACAACUGGAUUCUGAAGGCAAUCUGCUUGAGGGCACUGUCAAAACUCGCAACCUUCCGAACAUAUACGGCGCAUUGAUAUACCCUGAACCAUCAGAAACACCGACCACUCGAGGAGCGUCUGAACAGGCUGCGGGGCGUCUUCCGAAGCAGUCGCGUGACAAAGAACGUUGCUCUCGGGCUCCACAAGCUCCGUAUCCGUCUCCAUCGCAAUCUCCUCUCAUACCUCCACUAGCAACCGCGGAAGAGCUGCAGAGUUCGGUGGCAAUCGUAUCUGCCCUUGCACCAGCGAUGAAGCAUAGCCCUGUAGAGCCAACCCUUGACAACGAGUACGGAAGUGGUGAGACCGGCACAACUGACUUCAUUGUCUACAAUGCUAGCGCUGAGCACAGCAGACCAGAACUCGCGCGCAGUGGUACAAAACAGUCUUCAGGAAAGCGCAAGUCAACCGAGCACAGCUUACCCGACUAUCCAUGUAAGAAGCACAAGAUUUUAGCGCAAGCUAGCCCACGACGCUCCUCUAUCUCUGUCGCACCUCUGGCAGUAGGCUACCCAAGUCAGCAAGAACAAGAUCGCAACAUUCGUCCCAUGACGUCAGAAUCAGCUUUCCGAGCUUCUCCAAGGUUUCAAAAGAUCUUUUGCACGCGCCCGGGCGAGUUUGGUCAAGAGCGCACAUUGAACGUUGUUCAGGCUAGCACCAAGUGGAAUAUCAGGUCCGAGAGCAUCACAUCAAGCUCGACAGAUACUUUCAGAGUACAAGAGCUAAAGCCGUGGCGCAUGGUAUCACAUGGCCGAGCUGUUGGUAACAUGGAUGUUGCCGCCGGAACGGAAACGGGCAUCCACUUGAGCUGA